AAUACUACCACAAAGCAGUCUUUGUCACUUCAUUACUUCAUUGUUCGACAAACUUACAAUUUCUACAAACUUCAGAAACGUACAAGGCAUUUGUGACAAUUAAGAUUAGAUAACGACCACUGAUGAGAGCGUGUAAAUAGCCAAACUUUUUGUUCUUUCGUUAUUAUAUUGUCUGCAAGGUGAUUCUCAUGUCGUAUGUAAUUCUAUGAAUUUUUUAUGAUGACCUCACUUGGUUUUCCACUUACAGUUUUCGACCGAGACGAGUUCAAAUUUCUAUCAGUUGUCAGAGAUCUCUGACAAUUUGCGAGAGUGAAAGUUCCUAUCAUAUGUAAAUCAAUCUAGGAAGCUUCCUAGGAAGAUUUUGUCUGAAAUUUGCAUAACGGUCUUACUGAUACAGUAUCACAUACUUUCUGAAUGUAUCACGAUCCUUAAAUCACUGAGUGCAAUCUCGCGACAGUUCAAACUUGGAACAAACGUUCUGUGAUGAGAACUGAGCCAAAUUAACCUCACAUACUCUGCCCAUUAACUGUCUGAGUUGUUGAAGACUUUCACACCAUAUCUAGUUAUUCCUAAUUACAUUAUCGUGGUGGUUUAGGCUUGCAAAAGUUGAACCGAGCACUGAUAUUGUCACAACAGUGUAAUUUUUAAUCAUUUGGUACGUGCAGGCGCAUCUCCACCCUGCGAAAUACACACGAAACGAUUCGUGGUCGCCUUCUGUUAACCUCCAACAACGUUCGUAUGUUUAUGGCUCUCCUGUUUCACAACGUUGUUGUAGAAAACUUUAUUGUUUAUAAGCACUACUCAUAUUUUAUUGGAAUCAUCAACAAGUUUUUCACCCUUGUUAAAGUUCAGCAGAACAUUCAAACGGUGAGGUAGUUUACCGGUUCAGUAAUGAUUAAAAUGCAGCUGUGGCGACACACGUUUAAACCGGAAGUCCGUUUGCGGCCUCUGGCCGGCAGUCGGCUAACGGUGUACGCAGGCUUCCGUUCUAAUAGUGCGCACCUAUGUCGUGUGUGCUGCAGGAACGUUGACAAUGUCGCAGAAGGUGAAGGUAGACGUGCGCAUCACUGUCUUCUACGCAGACGGCGUCACCAUUUACGUUUACAUCUAGACUCUGGAAAAAUACUCGUCUUCGGAACGCUGUACCCGGCCUAUGCAUCCUACAAAGCCGUCCGCACCAAGAACGUCAGGGAAUAUGUGAAGUGGAUGAUGUACUGGAUUGUAUUUGCCCUGUUCAGCUGUGCCGAAACUUUCACUGACGUCUUCCUGAGUUUCUGGUUUCCAUUUUAUUAUGAGAUCAAGAUCCUGUUGGUUCUGUGGCUGCUCUCACCUGCCACUAAGGGAUCCAGUAUACUGUACCGCAAAUUUGUGCAUCCAAUGCUCAGCAGGCGUGAGCAGGACAUAGAUGAGUACAUAGCCAAAGCAAAAGAACAAGGAUACCAUACAGUACUUCAUCUUGGGACGAAGGGUGUCAACUAUGCUACAACAGUCAUAAUGCAGACUGCCAUCAAGGGUGGCGGUGGUCUUGUGCAGCAAUUGAGACGCAGUUACAGUCUGGGUGAUCUGAGCUCAGAUGUUGAUGGUGACAGCAACAGUGGAAGAAAGGCACUACCAGAGGCUCAGGAUAGGAACAGAGAUCGAGAAAGGGUUGCGUCAGAUGGUAGACAUCAUCGACCUAGAGGCCACAGCCCUCGACGUUCUGCAUCUGGGUCAGGAAGGGUUGAAAUGUAUUUUCCAGAAGUGGAUGUUGAUGUGAGAGGAGCAUCUGUUAGAGAACCAAGUGUGCCGCUGAGCCAUAUCCGAUCGUCGGAGGAUGUGAGCUCAGGCUAUUCAUCUGCUGAACCACUCUACCAGCACGGCAGCAUCAGUGGAGGGCAGCAUGGUGAAAGUCGUCCUGAUAGCUUAGCGAGUAGUCGUGAACCACUUGUUCGGACUGCUUCCGUGGGUGGAUCUUCACGGUCUGCCCGUACACGAUCUUCUCGUGGUGGUGGUGGAACUGUUACAAAAAAGGGAUCUUCACCUGGGGUUCCUGAGGCCAGUGAAGAAUGUAGCCUCGGAGAAAACGACGACCUAGACAUGAGUUCUCUUUCUCCUUCCCAUUCUCGUUCCCGUUCCAAUUCCCUGCCAAUGUCAGCUGACCUCCUACGACCUGAGUUAGUCGCCCUCCUACAAGCAUUAAAUGCUGAACUUGAGCAGAAAGUUUCCAUGAGCAAACUGUCAGAGAUUAAAGUUUCAGAAGCGGUAAAACAAACUGAAAAACCAGAAGAUUCUUUUCACUUAGAUGAAGGAGAAAUAAUGGAGUCUAUACACAGAACUGAGUCAUCUUCCAUUUUAGAAUUGGCUGGAACUAAGGAAAUGUCAGAUAUCAAAGUGAGUGAAUCCUUCCAUCCAAAUCAGUCUGAUAUUAAUUCAGCAAUAGAAUCUGAUGAUGAUUUUUAUGAUUCUGUUUCUGUACCUCCCCCAAAUGUGCUAAAUGAGUGCCAGUUUAAAGAUACAAAAGAAGAGUUUAUUGAUUCUUAUUCUGAAAUGGUGAAUGAGCCAGAAAAGGUAAAUAUUUGUUUGGGUCAAGAAAUAAUUGAUAAUGGUUCUGCAGCUACAUUCACAUCAUCAUCUUCCAACAUGCUUCCAAACAUCUCUGAGCAAUGUAAAACUAGUACAGAAAAUAAUGUUGAUGAUCCACUGGUUGAUUCUGUAGGAACUUCAAAUGUUGAUGAAAGCAAAGACAUGCAAAGUUUGAUAACCAUUCCUCAAGAAAAUGUGAAAACUGAAACUACUUUGCUUCCAAUGGAUGUAAAUCCUCAUUUGUGUGCAGAAAGUUUUGCACCCGCUAUGUCUGAAGCCCUUAAAGGAGGUAAUGCAAGUGAUAAAAUGUUAGUUAUGAACUCAACAGAGCCAUUAAAACAGUUAGAGGAAAUAAAUAAUGCCUUGCAGAGGGAAGAGAAAUGCCAUGACUGUAUUUCUGAGUCAAAUCAGAGUCCUGGAAAUGCAGAUAAAACUGCUUGUAAUGAUGGAAAGGUUUUAGAAGAAAGUAAUGUUUUUUCUCAAACAAAAGAUGGUAGCUAUUCUUCUGAGCAGAUUUCAUCAAGUGCAAAGGCUGAAAUGAACUGUCCAAGUAACAUUGUAGGCGCAGAAGAGGAUCAUGAGAUCAUAGGUGAUGAUUUUCAAGAUGCAAGUGAUAUUGAAGGCAGGAAGACAGAAAACAGUAUCUUCAGUGAUAUGCUUAACAAUAAGCAGCUGAGUCUACCAGGUGUGUCACAUGGAGUUCCUGAUAAUACCCAGCAAGUCAUAAUUUCUGUAGUUGAAAAGCCAUCAUUAAGAGUUGAUUCAGAUGACAACAAAGACUUGAAAGCAGAAAACAGCAUUUCUCAUGAUAAUUCUGACCAUAAUCAGCCAAGUCUGCAAGCUACGGCUUAUGCUGCUCUUGAUAAAGCUCAGAAUGCAACAAUUUCCUCAGCUGACAAUCCAUCUCUAAACACUGACAGCGCUGAAAAAAUUCUUGGUGCAGAGACAGUUUCAAACAAAAGUGACAGCAUUUGUGAUUCUCAGACCCCACUAAAUUAUGACUCUCAAAUUCCAACAAAUUCAGACUCACUUCAAGAUCCAAAGAAAGAUGUUCGGUCAGGAAGAUAUCACAAACUUCAAGCACCAGAUCCACCUCCAAGAUCUAAAAGGUCAUCAUCAAAAGGCUCUAUUUCUGAGGAAAGUGAAAAGAAAUCAGAACACAGGUCACGUUCACCGAAAAAAAUGGCAGAAUCACCAGUUGCAAAGCUGCAUGGACAGAUAGAAAACCUUGCAUCAAUGCUUCCAUUCUGGCAGAGUGGCAAAAGAUCCCGUGGAAAGGAAGUUGGUACAGCAGAAGAUGGCAUUCGCAUACGUGAGAUGUCACGCUCGCCCAGUCGACGUAUUGGUCGUCAAGCACCGCAUUAAUAGACCCAUUCAGAAAGUUAGGAACUGAACUGUAUUUAGGGGUUAUUGAUAUCUGAAGCCUAUUUUUUAUAUUUUUGUGUUACGUAUUACCCAUUUGCCAUGCCUUGCCACAUUGUUGUAGGAGUCUUGUCUAUGGUACGAGGAAGAAUUAGUUGUGCAUUUGGGCAUCUUUAGCUACAGUAUAAUGUUGGUCUACUCAGUUUCCUAAAUGCAGUAUUAUAAGAAAUUACUAAUGAGUUACUACGAACCCUUUCAUUGCACCUAAUGUGUUAACUUAUUGUUUAGGCCAGGAGCUCCAUUCAGACUUGUGAUAUACUAACAGAGAUAAAGGAUAAACUCUUCCUUAACUGCUGAUAUGUUGUGAUUGUCUAAUAUUAUGUAUGUUCCAUGCUCACUGAAGGUGAUUGGGAAUAUUACAUAACCAUUAUAGUGUAUGAAUAACCUGGAAGAGUGCAGUUGAAUAUGAGAGAGUGGAACAUUGUUUUUCGUAAAGUUACUGCUUUCAGCUCAUGAUAUACUUUUCAUAAUGAGAAAAUGAGAUGUACAGAUGGGAAGAUGCUUGCUAUGUUCAUAGAAGUGACUUCAAAGUUUCUUCUGACAGUGAAGGUGAAGAUAUCAUGGUGACUGAAACUAAAACAUUUUGGUGAGGUAAUUCUAUUUUUUGAACAUGUAUUCAUCCUCCUGUACUGUGUUCAGAGAGAUCAUCCGAAGAUGAAUCAAAAUAGCAAGCAAUAUAAAUCAAUGUAGCACCUGUCUGUGAAGUUCACUGAGAGAAACAUCACUUUUCCAAAACUCUAGCAGGACUGACUUUAUUUAUGGGACACACGCUAAUUGUGAACUAUUUUUGAUACUUUUUUAUGAGACUUUCCUGAGUAAAAUGUAUGUACUUACUAUAAAUAAAUUCAAUACUGUAUAAUUUGUAUUCAAUAACAUAUGACCAAGAACAUAAAAAGAUGUUCAGUGGAAAGCUGUGGAACGUACAUGAUGAAUUUAGAGAAACAAGAAGAAUGUUAAAUCGAGUGCACUCCUAAAAUAAUUGCUCUGCAGAGACAGAAAAGUGGUUCAUGAAACAACUGGGCUUUAUCAGUUUGUUUCCAUUUCACAGUCCGUCCUUCAGGCUGGCAACACACUCCUGCCGAUUUGGCAGUUACCAUCUUAAAAGAGAGAGAGAAAAAAGACGGUGGUGAAUUCGUGGCUGAAAAUAUCAGUAUAGUUAAUGUUAUGAUUAUUACCUUACAUCCAGGGACUGACUUGCUAUAUUCAUAGUUAAUGCCCUCACCAUUCAAUAAGCUAAGAAGAUACUUUGGUUAAUUCUGUUCACAUCUUGUUCAGAAAUCUUAGCUUUAGGCAGAAAUGCUCUUGUUGCUUAUAUGUUCUGUCUAUUUGCAAAUACUUUUGUAUUCACAUCUUCAUGCUGUGUCCUCUCUGUAUCAUAUCUCCUGAGGGAAGCCUGUGUAUGUGACAUCAUGUUUAAAUUUUGAAAAUUUGUUAGAUUUGAACAGGUUAAAUAUUUAUUUUUCAGAUUGUUAACAAAUUAUGAUAUAAUCCAUGAUAUAAAUAGAAGAACCGGACAACACCAGCCAUCAGUGAGACGUAUUUUGUGAUAGCAGAUGUACAACACUAUUCCACAUAUUGUUUGAGUCUGUGUAAAUAAAAUUACUACUUGUGAAAACAUAA